AGCCUUGGAGUGUUCGGUUUUCGCUGUUUAAGAACACUUUGUCGCCGGGUAGUGUGUUAGAACAUUUACAUGUCGGCUUAAAUAUUUCGAUAUUAAUGUUUAUAUUACCUUCCAUAAAGUUCUUGAUUUUAAAAGUGAUAUUCUGUCUCAGAGUUUGAUCUAAAUAAGAUGGGCUUUACAAAAUUAGCCCGAUGCAUACUUCGGACGUUAAUGGUAACGUCAUUGAUGUCUCUGAUGGCGUCAGCCGUGUAUUUCGAAUACGGGUACGAUCAUCACUACACUUACUCGUCCGAAUCUGACGUCUUGGGGAUGCACAACCUAACUUCAGUAUUUAAGUUCAGGAUUCGGUCUGUGAACACGACCUCGGGAGGCGGUGUCCUACACCAGUUGAUGGUCGAUAGUUUCGUCCAGCAUUCCGAAAACGGGUUUGCUGAAGACAACCCGUUGAAGUGGAAUCUCAAUAAAAGGUUUUACUUCACCAUCAGCUCCGCGGGUCUAGUGCAUUUUGUGCAUUUUCACCCGCAAGAAAUCCAAGAGCUUAUCACGCUCAAGAAAGUCCUUGCGUCGACCUUGACCACUCGAGUGCAGUUUCAAGACGGCCAAUCAUGGACAUACGACUCGAUGGAAGAAGAUCACGCAGGUCAUUUGGAACACUCAUACGAGGCGAUCAGGACGAGCGAAGGCUUGAAGCUAGUCAGGUCACACAGGAGUCUGACUGACGUACACAGAAUGCACUAUAAGACGACCCAUUUGGACGAUCUUCUGACUCCGCAGCUGGUUGAAGCCCAUGAUAACAUCACACUUCAGCACACCCCGAACACGGUUAACUUGCACACGGUCGAAGGUGCUGCCAACAUCGAAGAAAAACAGGACGGAGAGUUCCCGAAGAUUUCCUCUAUAUCGAGAAGCCAAAUGAAACUCAUGUUGAAAAACAAGCACAACGAUCCUGCCACGGACCACUCACUGCACGAGAUGCAUCAGGAUUCUAUCAGCGUCAAACCGAAACCGGAGGAAAAAGUUCCAUUGUCACAAGUUGAUGCGGACAUUCGGAAGUAUAUCACGUGCGUCCAUUUCUACACCAACAAAUUCGACCGUAACCGAACUGAAUGCGUGCAUCAGCUCCGGGGAUUGAUAACCUCCCUUGAAAGAGAUGACUUCCUGACACUUGGUCGUGAAGCGUUAACACGUACGUGUGACGUCAAUGACACGGUAUGCGUAGACGAGAGGAAUCUGUUCAUCGACCUAAUUGCACGUGAAGGCAGCGCCGAGGCCCAACUGCUGGUUCUGGAGCACGUGAUGUCACAGCCCAAUGUGACCGAGGAGGACAUGAGGAGAUGUCUCUUUCAUGCCAUCGCCCUACAGAACCCCGUGACGGAACUGGUGAGUCAGGUGGAACAAUUGUGCUUUGAAGACGACCAUGGGCUCGGUGAAACCCCUGCUUUGUCGAAGACCCGGAAGAGGGCGUGUCUGUCCUUGGGGGCCAUGGCCAAGUCCCUGCAUGACCGCAACACCACUGAGUCGGACAGGAUUGUGGAGCGGAUAGAGAACUGGCUCGACCACCACAACGAAACCAAGUCCAGCGACAUAAUCAAACCCCGCCGUCGUCGGUCCAUCGUACAGCAUGAUACGCCGGCUCUGAAGCAUAUCGAAACCAAGAUGGUUCUCCUACAAAGUCUUGGCAACGCCGGGAAACAGCGGUCAUUACGUCACAUCCUGUCGUACAUGAAGCCGAAUGUGGGCGUCACAGCGUGGCGUCGAGCGGCUAUAAACGGGCUCAGACAUUUCUCUUGCAAUAGGAGCGCGGAUGCAUUGUUAACGAGUAUUAUAUACGAUAAUGACGAGGUAGUGAGGAAAACUGCCCAUCAUGUGUUCAAAAGGCACCCAAAGGCAGACGACAGAAACUUUACUAUUGAGCACGAGACCGAAGUGAUCAGCAAGAAUUACACCUAUCCUAUCGUGAGUCGUGUCCGAAGAAGCCUACUUCAGGCGCUGGAACAAGGAAUCCAGGUGACGAUCAAGCCCCCUGGUAUUGACUGGCAGAAGACGGUGGGAAGCAGCAGCAUAGGGGCGAGCUUCGGCCUUGUCAUGCGGAAUAUGCUGGAUCUAAAAUUAGCUCUACUGAGCGGCCAUUUUAUGGUCGACAUGUACAACGGAGCCUUCGCGGAGGCGCAUGUAGGUUUCAUAGGCUACAAUGUCGACAUCGUCAAGGCGUACGUGUGUUUCAAGGGCCACAUCAGCUAUGACCUGAAUGAUUUUGGUAUUAACAGUCUGUCCGAUCUGGUGAAAAUCUUUGACAAAAUUAUGGACAAAAUUGUCAAACCUAUCGUGAAUGGUGUAAAAGCAUUCAAGCAAUUACUGACCAUGUUCAAGGAUGGUAAGUCGAUGACACAGGUUGUCAACGAAAUCGUGGACAUUGUUAAACACCUCCCAACUCGACUCGGUGAGGUGGCAAGCCGUAUGCGAGACUUUGUGAAGGAACUCUAUAGCAUAAGCGCCAAUAUCGUUGUCGAAGAGAUCAAGGGCAUUGUGAAAGAAAGUAGCGAAUUCAUAGAAGGGAUCAAAAAGGAUGCUCUCAAAUUCUACAAUGACGUUGUUGAUGCUGUUACGAUUGCAUUGCCCUACACAACUAAGAAGAUCAUGGAUGCCGUCAACACAAUCGUGGGGAGUAUCGGGAAACUCUUCAAGAAUCCCACGCAGGCAAUCACAGUGAUGUCCAGGGCGAUAACAGAGUAA